GAACACUUUGAGAGGAUUUCCAAAAUGUCUGCACAGGACAAUCCUUUGUUAAACAUGGGUACUACAAAGAAAUAUGAUAUUCCUGUUGCCCAUUUAGAUUACAAGUACAUUGAUGAAUGUAAUGAUGUCAAAUAUCUGGAGAAGAUACUCAAAGUAUUAAGGUCUGGCUCAGAAGGAAGGUACCCAGAAAUGGAGAAGCAGUGUGAAGAUAAGAUAGAAAAACUUAAUCCUGCUAGCCGGAUUCUGAGAAAAGACAAUCCAGUGAAGAAGAUAAGUGACAUUGAUCGAGAUGAAGGCCAUUCUUUGCAGAAAGAUCUUCAGAAUUGGACAUCUGAUAUAAAGGAAAUGGAAGGAUCGGUCAAUGGAGUUUCCGAAUUUGAUAACGAGAAUCUUCCACCAAUCAGAUCAGGAGCCAUAUCUAUGAGUGGAAAACCAAUCCAACCUGAGAAAGACAAAGACAAGAAAAAGCCAGCCAUGCCUCGCAGCUACAAAGAAUGGGACAAGUUUGAUGUUGACAAAGAAUUGGAAGCUGCAGAAAAAGAUAAACCCAGAGAGAAAGGCAAAUCCUCAGCACAGCCUGUUAUAGAGGAUAUCAUAGACUCCACAGGAAUGUCAGAGAGGGAAAAAGAAAUGAAGGCAAACAGAGAAAAAGACAAAGGGAAUGAGGCCUUCAGAUCUGGAGACUAUCAAGAGGCAAUAUCUUACUAUUCCAGAAGUAUAUCCCUUCUGCCUACCCCACCCUCCUACAACAACAGGGCCCUGGCUUAUUUAAAGACUAAGGAAUGGCUAAAGGCAGAAACAGAUUGUGACAAAGUUCUCUCUUGGGAGCCUAAAAAUAUCAAAGCCUUGUUGAGGAGAGGAUCUGCUAGAAUGGGAAAGAAAUGUUUUACUGAGGCCAUGACAGAUUUUAAGUAUGUGCUGGAGCUAGAACCCAAGAACAAAAGAGCACAGGAACUUAUUGAGGACCUGAAGAAGGCAGAAGUGAAAGUGGAGGAGGAAAAGAAGCAGAGGAAGGAGAAAGGGAGGAGGAUGGUCAUUGAGGAGGUCGAAGAAGAUGAAGAGUCAGCUGAUGAGGAGAUUGUAAUUGAGGAGGUGAGUGUAGAUGUAGAGUCAGCUGAUGAGGAGAUUGUAAUUGAGGAGGAGAAGAGUUUUGAAAAGAAGAAGGAAUCAGUCAGUGUUAAAUCUCAGGAAAUAAACAAAAACAAAAGUUCCAGUGUAAGCAACAAAAAAGAAGAAAAACCAUUGGUUAAUGGUUUUCAUGAAUCCUCAAAUCAGAAAAGUGAUAAAAAAGAUAUUUGGGAAGAGGAAGAAGUACCUUUCAAAGACAGUCAAGACUUUAUGACACUAAAAACAAAGCCAGAAGUAGUGGAGAACACUAGUGAAAGUGAAAGUACACAGGCAGUACCUUCACAAAAUUCCAUUCAGCAAAGUGAAUCUAGUGGGCCUACACCUCCAGAGAUUGAAAAUUCUGAAAAUGAGAACAUUGCCAAUGCCUCAUUAGAAGGUACACGGAUAGAAAAGGAACCAGAGUCUAGUGGUGCAGUGGUAGCAAAGCCACCCGAGGAGGUGGCUCUAGUGAGACCAGUGUUUAUACAACAUCCAUUACCUGGUCCCAUUGCUAAACUCAGAGAGGAGGGGAACCAGUUGUUCAGAGAGGGUCAAUAUGGGGAUGCAAUACAGAAAUAUACUGAGGCCUUAAAGAGGCUCCAGAAAGAGAAAACAGAUCAAAUUGUGAACAAAUCCUUGAUUCACAGUAACAGGGCAGCCUGCUAUCUGAAAACAGGGGAUUGUGCUACAGCUGUAAAAGACUGCACCUCCUCACUAGAGCUGGUGCCACAUUCUAUAAAACCUCUGCUACGACGAGGAAAUGCCUUUGAAUUAUUAGAAAAUUUCAGGAAGGCCUAUAUCGACUACAAACAUGUUCUAAAUAUAGACAGCAGCAUAGACAUUGCUCAUCAGGGCUCAUCCAGGUGCCACAGUCAUCUCAAAUCAGUGGAUGGUCCACAGUGGAGAGAAAAGCUACCUAAAAUCCCUUCUGUUUUACCCUGGGAGAUCCCAGACAUAAGGACCCCAGAGGGAGCCUCAAGUGCUCCUCCCACAUUGUCAUCAGUUUCCUCAUCAUCUCAGAAAUCAUCAUCCUCAUCAUCACAGCCAUCAUCAGCCACAUCAUCAUCAUCAUCAGGAAACAAGAUACCCAGUGAUUCACCUACAAAACUUGUGAAGGAGGAGUCAUUUGAUGAGAUUAAGAGCAGAGGGAAUGAGCAUGUGAAAAAUUCCAAGUUUAAGCCAGCUAUAGAGUGCUACACUCGCUGCAUAGAGUUAGAUCCCAAACAAACCGUCAGUUACACCAAUAGGGCGCUCUGUUACAUACGAAUCAAUGAACCAGAGAAAGCGGAGCUAGACUGUACCACGGCUUUGUCUUUAGAAGAGGACAAUGUAAAAGCUCUGUUUAGGAGGGCACAGGCCAAAAAGAUGCUUAAGAAGUUCAAAGACAGUUUAAGUGAUUUAGUUCACUUACUACGAGUUGAUAACAAAAAUACAGCUGCCAAACGAGAAUUAGAACUGGUCAAGGACUACUGGCGAGAGGAAUUAAAGUCACGACCCCCUCAAAGCUCCAGCAGUGAUUCAAAUGAAGACGAGGCAAAGCCAUCCAAAGAAGAUAAGACAUCAAAGGUGAAAGGUCAAUCAUCAAUCAAUCAGAAGUCUUCUCAGUCCCAAACAAGUUCAAAAAGCAGUUUACCAAAAGCUAAACAUCAGGAAGCUAGCAAGAGUGAAGAGAAGCCUGAGCCAAAGAAGGGGAAACAGAAAACCAGGAAGCGGAUGGUUAUAGAGGAAGUAGACUCAGAAGAAAAACAAGAAGAGAAGAAACAAGAAACUCCAAAAGAGACACAAAAAGCAUCAAAUCAGCCCAAUGUAAAACAAACAACCCACAGUCAGGAAUCUGGUGCCAAGUCUAAACACACUGGUUCAUCUCCUAGUCAACAACCUGGUGCCAAGUCCAAACAAGCAGACCCUCCAAGUCAUCAAGAACCAAAAUCUAAAAAGAAAGGCAAGAAGAACAAGUCAACAGUGGAACAAACAUCAUCUCAAAGAUCUUCAGAACCAUCAUCAGCUACUUCAGAAAAAUCCUCAACAUCACAAAAUUCAUCUUCAAAUCCGGUGUCUCCCAGCAAAGCCAGUCAGAAAUCCAGUAUUAAACCUACCAGUACCGGACUUCCGGUGGUGCCCCCGGCUGCACCAAAGUUAGAGAAGGCCACUCCGUACGAGUUCAUUCAGGCCUGGAAUUCCUUGAAGAAUGUGACAGAUACACAGCCCUAUGCUGAUUUAUUAAGACAGAUUCCUCCUAAAGAUCUACCUCAAGUUAUUAGCAAUAAACUUGAUGGGUCAAUGCUGAACAAAAUCACCAAGUGUGUGGCAGAGAAAUUCCUCACCCAAGGUGAUCUGGAUUUGAGCUACAAUGUUCUCCAUCAUUUAACUAAGGUUCCCCGAUUUUCCACAAUAGCAAUGUUUUUGUCUCCAGCUGAAAAGAAAGAUAUCCAGACGGUCAUUUCAAAUCUACAGAAAUCCCCCUCCGGUCUCUUUGGUAACAAGGAGUUGUCCAGUCUGAAGAAAGAAUAUGGUCUUUAAUUGAACAAGCAAUUUGAAAAUUAUACAGAAUGAGUGUUGAAAUAAUUUCUUAAUUUUUUUUUAAUACUACUAUUAUUCAGGUAAGGUUUUGACAAUUUGUGUGCAAAAAAUUUUUUCACUGAAAAUUUGGAUUUUACAUGUAAUGAUAUGCUGAUAUUUGAAAAUGAUUGUUUAUACAGUAAAACUUAACUAAUCCGGAUGUUGUGUAUUCUGAAAUCGUGUCUUAUACGAUGUCAACUUUAAGUCCCAUUUAGUAAAUUCAGUUGGUUAAAAUGUUGUUUAAUCUGGAAUGUUGUCUAUUCCGGCCAAUUUCUUCGGAACCAUUGGUGUCUGGAUUAGACAAGUUUUACUGUGUAUAGCUUGCAUAUACAUAUUUUUACAUGACUGCACUCUUUAAAACACGACUGCACUUUUGAAUCUGGUUCAUGUGUGUUAAACAUAGACCUUGAACUGACAUAAUAUGCAUUGUUUGUUAUAAAAUUUUUCUAUAUAUAUAUCAAGCUGUAGAGAAUGCAUAAGAAAUGUUUUAAAUGAUCCAAUGUUAUGCAAUCUGUAGAACUCCCCUGUGAAUCAUUACGAAAAAUUAUGUGCUUAUUUGUAAUUGCUGUUAAGAGUUCAGAUUUUUUAGAAUGGUAUAACUUUCUGUGAUGUAAUUAUGAAUAUAGUGUGCGGUUGUUACAAAUGCUGCUCUAAUUUUAUGAGACUGUUUUUUCUCUCAAUUUUUUUAGCUUCACGUACCUCUCUAGAGAGAACACCGCAGGUGUUUGCCAUACUUUAUCUUAUUCAUGUGUGGUAUUUACUGUCUUGGCUCGGUAAUUACUUCCCUAAUUAAUUAAUUAAUUUCCAUAUUAUAUUUCUUUUGUUCCCUUCAUCAGAGUUGUCUUUUGACAUUAAAUUUUUUGAGACAAUGAGUAACAUCAGAAAAACUCCUGGUUUUUAGGAGCAUAAUGUUUUUUCCCCUGUUUUGUUUUGUUGUAUUGCUCAUUUUCACACUGUUUUAGUAGAUAAUUGUCUGUUAAGAUGUAUUAAAUGUAAGAAAAAGUGUCUGUCACUUCUAUAAUAAGCAUAUUUACUAACGAAUUAUUAAUGGUUAUGAUUCAUUUAAAAAAAAAAUAUGUAUACAAGUUUUGGUUGGAUUUUCAAUUUGUUGAUAAAAAUACAAUACUGUGAUAACACUUUUUAUUUUGUGUUCCAUACAACAUAUAUUCUUAUUGGAAAGCAGGUUCUGUAUUAAAUAAGAAUAAGAUAAUAUUGAAGAUAAAUUAUAUGUAUGAAAAAUUGCUUCAUGAGUCCACCUCAGUGAAAAAUCCUUAUUUUCAAUUAUUGUGAACAUCUUCAAGUCUGAGUUUGUUCAUUAAGGAAGUGAGAGAGGACUUUAUACAUUUAUUUUCAUUUUUAACAAAUUAAUUAUUAUGGUUAAUUGUCAGCUUAAACAACAUGGUAUGAUGAUACAUUUUAUAAUUUAUCUAAUUUUGACAUGAAGUCGAAGAUAUCUUGAGGGUCAUUUUUGUAAUUAUCAAAAUUCAUUUCACUCCUGUAUGAAAUGUUGGAAAAGCAUUCUCUCUUCAAAAAUGAAUUAACCUUUAGAAAACAUGCACAUUCAUUCAUUCAUUUUGUUUUAUAAAAUUUCAACAGGAAAUACCAUAGUAAGGAUAGGGUCAUCAUGAUAAUUAAUGAUUGUAAGUGUUCAUAUAAAAAAAAAUGUGUUGAAAAGCAUAGGGGAUUUUUUUUUCUCUUUUCAAUUAGACCAAUGCAGGAUACAUGUACAUGUAGCAUUUUCACAUUUGAAUUUGAAUCCUAAGACAUUCAGAAAUUUCACAGAACAUUUUUGAGUGUACAUACAGUUAACUAUAUGUUCAAAGGUAAAAAUAGUUAUUACUUAGCUGUGUGGUUCAUUUAAAUGUCAACAUUUUUGUACUUUUGUUUCAAUGUUACUUGAAGAUUCUUUAGUUAUAUUUUUAACAACUAUGUUAUACCCAUAUCUGUUUGCUACUAACAAUAUGUGAUAUAAACUUUCAGGUGGACUUGCAUGUUGAAUGUCCCAAUAUUGAAUACUUGAGUGGCUUUGGUAUUUUUGACAAUAUUUAUUCUUGUUAAAUGGAUUCUCAAAAGGAAUUCUUGAUUGGAGAAAAAAGCAAUAUUUUUUUUGAGGGAAUAAAAGUUCUAUGAGGAGUGUGUCUGUCUGUCGGUUUGUUGUCACAAUUUGCCUUGUGUUCAUCUUUUUGUCAUAUCAUAGAAAAUAUUGUCUUUGAAUGACAUUAAACAUUUAAUCAAGUG